AUGAAUCGUCUUUGCUCAGUCAACAACAAUUUCCCAUAUGAUAAUAACAUCCUGGUGCUGGAUAUGGUUCUGAGCUCAUUGUGGGGAGUCCCCCAGCCCAUCAACUGGGAGAAUGUUGCAAGACUUGUCCCAGGAUUUACUCCCAAAGAGUGUGCCCAAAGGUUUGAGGAGUUGAAAAGCAUGGGGAGCUUUCCUUGUGUGGAUGACCAGUGCAACUCACUGACUGCGACAGGCAGCUCCCCCUCAGACACCCUCUCUUCCUUUAUCAAAUCUACACAGCCAGAUGUCAGUGGUGAGGGAGAACCACAGGUCAGUAAGAGCAACCUCUCUGUCUCAGAACUGACUAUAAUACCCAUGGAACGGGGAGCCUCAGCUGAGAGUGAAAGCAGCACCACUGCUUUGGAGGGAGAGAAAAUGAAUGAUGGGAAAGGACCCAACAUGGUUAUUCAUGUGUGCGAUGAGGCCAAGAACCUGAAACAGGACUUUGUGUGUCCAAGGGACGUACUGGUGAAUGAAAUGCGCUAUUUUGCUGAAUAUCUGUCGGUGGAUGCCCAGCGCUGGGAAGAAGUUGACAUCUCUGUACACUGUGAUGUCCAGAUCUUUGACUGGCUGAUGAACUAUGUCAAGAGACACGCUGACUCAGACAGAAAAACCAAUGACAAACCCAGACUUGAACCCAGCAAUGUGAUCUCAAUCCUGAUCUCCUCUGAAUUCUUGAAGAUGGAUACGUUAGUUGAGGAAUGUAUACAGUACUGUCACAAACACAUGAGUGCCAUUGUUGCUACGCCCUGCAACAUGAACUGCAUCAACAGUAACCUAGCCGCCCGCAUAGCCGACCUCUUCAACCACAAUGAUGCCGAUGACAUUAAGGACAAAAAAGACAAAUUCAAAAGCAAAUUAUUCCAGAAGAAAAUCGAGAGACUGUUUGACCCUGAUUAUCAGAAUCGUGACUCACCAGGGAAUGCUGCUACUCUGUACAGGUGUGGUCUUUGCCUUAAACUUUUGACCAGAGACACUGAGAGAAAAAUUCCCUGCAUCCCAGGCAAAAUUAACAUUGAUGCUUGUGGUAACAUUGUAUAUACACACACCAGACAUAAAAACUGGGAUGUGCAUGACUAUUUGACUGGUCUUUAUGAGGAGCUGAAAUCCUGGGUACUGGUCUAUUGGAGAAUAUGGGGAACCAUCAACUUCCUCACGUGUUCCUGUUGUAAACAGACAUUCCUGUGCAUAGACCUGGCCCAGUGCAGGUACCACCCGGAGGCUGUGGUGUACCCAGGAAUUGGGGUGGAGCAAAGCUGGCGGGGUACAGGACUCUACCCCUGCUGCAACCAAAGAGUCCUGCGUUUCGACCCCACAGGCAUGCCCAAGGGCUGUAAGACAAGGGACCACAUUGUGACUACAGCAGAGAGCGGCAGCUGUGGGGAUCAACGGGGAAACUCCAGUCAGAUCAGAAUACUGAACGACCUGUUACUACACAGAAACAUUGUGUGUAUGAGCAGUUCCCCGCAGUCUGAAAGUCCUGUGGAGUCCCCAUCAGUGGUGGAAAAGGGGCCAGACUGUGACAUUGUACUUGUUCCUGGGGUCCUUGGUCCUCAGAGAUCAGGAGAAAUGACACCUUUUUCACUGUUGAAAAACUGGAGUCUUCAGCUGCGACAGCAGUCCCUGUUGUCUGAAGAUGAAGAGUACACAACAGGGUCAGAGAUUACUGAGGAUGAGGUUGGGGAUGAAGAAGAAGUCUCCAGGAAGCAAGCUGCCAAGAAGGCAAGAAAAUCAGGAAAACCACUGAAAAGGCAAGUGUCGUCACCUAAUUUCCAGCGGAAGGAGAAGGUGUCAGAGAAGACUCCUUCCCGAGACUCUACUGCAUUUACAGUGAGCAUUCAGAAAAGUAAAUGGGACAGCACACGGUCUAUGCGAUACAACCAAGAUGCCCAACGAGAAGAGGAUCAGAGGCGUAUGGAGGAGAUCAUUGGGCAUCUCACAAGGAUGAGAUUUGGUGAUGUGGAACAGAACAAAUUCAAGGACCCUAAAGAGCCUGCAGGUGGGAUCUAUGCCAGACUGGAGGCCCAGUUUAAGGCUUCCUCCCAGGCCAGUAGCAGACAAAGCAGCUCAGAGAAGACUCUCAGGGCAAAGCCUCGCUCAGGGCAGUCUAGACCAACGUAAAAGCUGGAGAGACAAGCUAAAGUGAAAGAGAAGUAGGCUACUGCCCAGUGAAGCGUGUUGC